AUGAAUAGCUCUCAGAGUGAAAGCAUUCGAAAAAGAAUCGCGUACUUUUCAUAUUUUGAACAAUGGAGCCAAGAGACAAUCACUCAACUUUGUGAUAUUUCUCAGUUGAAACAUUUCCCGCCCGACUGUGUGAUUCUUGGUGGACCACGGGAUCAAAAAAGUUAUGUUUUUUUCAUAACGGAAGGGUCUUGUAGAGUCAUCGAGAUUCUUAAUUUACCGAAAAAAGCUUGUUUUCUUAACGUUUGUACGUUAAAUCGUUUAUCUUGCUUUAACAUCGGUGAAGAUUUAAUCAAUCGACAAAUUGUGUCAAUCACACAAACCGAAUGUCUCUUAAUUCCAUUUUAUUGGUUAUUAGAACGAAACGAAGCCAAUAUUUGGAAUAAAAUAAAACAAUACCUUAUUUUCAAGAUACCGAAAACUGAAGCAAUUGUAGAAAAUCUGAGAAUAGAAAAAAAGUGGCAAGAUCAUAAAUAUAAAUUAAUACGAAGUAAAAUGAAACGAAAAGUUGAGACUAUACAGUAUUCUGAUGUUCCUUACAGCUUAAAAGUACAGAACUAA